CUAAAAUGAAUUUGAUAAAUUUAAAAAUAGUAAAGGCAGGAUUAAUAGGAAUGAUUGGCUCAAGCUAUAUAGCCUAAUAAUAAUAAAAUCGAUUAAAAUGUGCUGCCCCAUAUUUUUCAUUUAUUUCUCAUACAGAAUUAUAACAAUUUCGUCUAAGGUUUCCCAGUCUGUAUGUGUUAGAUAAAUUUCAAGUAGAACAUAUACUGAGUGUGAUUCGUAACAAAACUACAUAAACAAAAGUAGAGAAAUUAAUAAAUUUAAGGAUUUUCGAUUAUAUUCAGAUCGAUUGAUUAGAUUACUAUUAGAGAAAGCAGUAUCAGAGCAUAUAAAAAAAAUGUCACCUUAGGAAGGCUAAUAAAGUCAAUAAUAAUAAGCAUAAGUGAUAAGCUUUGAAUAGAAAUAAUUUUGUGUAGUAGUGAUGAUAAGAUCUGGAAAUGCAUUUUUAGGUGAAGCUCUGAAAGUACUUCCAGGAACAUCAGUAGGGUUUAUAUUGGUUUAGGAGCAUCCAUAGACAAAAGAUCCAUAGUUAAUUUACUGUAAAUUACCAGAAGAUGUAGAUUAAAAAUAGGUAUAGAUAAAUUAACUAAAUAAGGUAAUUCUUACAGAUGCAAUGAUAACGACUGGAGGUAGAAUAACAACAGCUAUAAAGGCAUUGUUAUCUCAUGGAGUUACUUAAGAUAAUAUAACAGCAGUGAAUAUAGUUUCAUGUGAAAAAGGUCUUUCAAGAGUGCUUCAUCAAUUUCCAAAGGUAAAAAUAAUAACGGCAGGAGUUGAUCAUGCUUUAAAUACAAUUUAGGAUUUACGAUUUCCAGGAGUUGGAGAUUUUGGAGACAGAUAUUUUGGAACUGUAGAUCAAUAUUGA